AGCACAUCGACUCUUCUCCCUCUCUGAGGCCUAAACUGAACCUUCAGACACAUUAGUACCCGACUGUAGAGGAUGGGUUAGACCGAAGCUUCGCAGGGACAUUCAGACCGUCUUCACAGAGAUCUUCUCGCCUCCUGGAGGAGCAGAACAUUGUAGGAUCCUGAGCUCUGGAAGACAUGAGGAAGGUCAUAUAAGCAACCUUCUUCUUCUGUUUACUGUGGACGGGAACUUUGUGGUGAUGAUGGCGAGAGGGACCAGGAAGCUGCUCAUGAUGGUCAUCCUGCUGGAGUUUACCACCGACAUUUGGAUGCUGCCAGCUCCAGGGGGAGUCUUCAUGGACUCCAUGGACAUGAGACACGUCCUGCGGUGGACGCAACCGAAGUCCUCGUGCAACACUGCGGUCGUUUACGUCGUUCAGUACCAGGGGGAGUUUGAGUUUCUGGUAAAGAACGGCAGCUGGAUAAUCGCUCCUGAAUGCCAGAAGAUUCCCCACACUAUGUGUGACCUGACCUUUGAGCUGGGAUCUGACUCCGACUACAGCCUGCGGGUCAGGGCGCAGUGUGGCUCCGAACUCUCAGCCUGGACCACAUUUCCGUUCAACAGGAACAACAUGACUCCUCCUGUUCCUGAGAUAAAGGUGAUGACAGCAGGUGAUGUUCUUCUGGUGUCCGUCAGAAAGUUUCCUCUGACCUCCAUCACCAGAGUGAUGAUGUGGAAGGAAGAUGAAGAGCAGCAGGCCAAGGCUCAUUUGAUGCCAGCAGACCAAGAGGUGCUGCAGGUCGCCGCUCUGCAGGAGGGAGCGGUGUACUGCGUGAAGGCUCAGGUUUUCCUGAACUCUGGCAUGCAGAGUGGAUACACCGACAGCCACUGCGUGUCCAUCACAGGUCCCGGUGCUCCAGCGUGGAAGGAGCCCACCACAGUGACUUUGACUGUCAUCAUCAUGUUGGGUCUCCUGAUUGGUCUGUUCUGGUCCAUCGUCCAUUGUCGCCCAGGCUCCUGUCAGAAGUAUUUCCAGAAAGAGCCGCUGCCACUGUCUCUGAAAGGAAACUUUGACCUUCAGAUCACCAUAAACCACCAGAGGGAGGAGUACUGUGAGGAGACCCCCUGCCUGCUGAGUUCUGUCAGAGGGGAGAAGACGUGACCAAAGGUUAAAGCUGCAACCACAGCAUGUUUGAAGAAGGUGGCUCCAACCUGUUUGGGCUGCAUUGUGAUCACCAUGGAAACUGCUUUCACACCGGACAACAAAGACCCACAUGAAGGAUUUUCCAGGUCCCGGUCCAGCUGGCUGAAGGAGGUGGAUCAUGGAGGUUCUUCUGUCUUCUGGUUUGAUGAUAAACUGGGAAAAUGAGGCUUGUUUACGUAGAAGAGGCGAAAGCUGCAGGUGGAUGGAAAUGAUGACAGUUUCCUGCAGGAACGAAGGAAAAUGUUGUCCAGUGUUAUGGUGCAUGGUGUCUGUGAUGGGAGGAGGUCAAGGGUCACCGCCACAGCAUUUCUAUUUAUAGCUUUUCUUUUUACAGACAGUAGAUGAAUAUUUCUUUAAACUGUUGUCAGCUAGCACAGACGGAAUGGAAAAUUAAUUUAUAACGAUAGCUGAGAAAAAACAGUUUUAUGGAACACUGAAGGAAAUAAAAUGUUCUUCGUGUUUUUAUGAAUAGAAAUUGUACAUAAGGUUAACCCACCCCUGCAACUGACAGGAUUUUAUUUCUGUUUUUCCCACCCAAGCAGAUUUACUGUCAGUUGAAUUGCACAGGCUGCGUGUCAUCAAAGGUGGGAUGAUGGUAUCUACCUCUGCCAGGCUUGGGUCCAGUCCAGAGAUCCUCUGGAACUUGAAAUACUGGCUUAGUUGUUAGUUAGUUGUUAGUUAGUUGUUUGCGUCAUUCAAAAGGCAGCAUUACCGUGUCAUUAUAUUUCAAAGAUUAUUAUUCAUUUCAUGAAGACAUAUCAUAUUUCUUGUUAUGUAAUAAAUUCUAUAAGAUACAUUAAGGGUUUCCUCCUAAUCACAGCGUUUUGCCAUGGUAACAGCUACAGUUUCCUCAACACAGAAUGUCAUUUAACAAGUUAUUGUUAUGACAUCAUGCUAUAGACUAAACCUCAACAUGGGCGCCUUUCUUUUAUGUUUAUUUCUGUUUGCCUAGUUUCUGCCUUAUUCAGCCUGGAAAACCUUAAAACUGAAGUUCUUUAGCUCACAUUUCUGGUCCAAACUUUACUCUUUUUUUUUUUUAACCAUGUCCUGUCCAGUAGAGUAGCGCAGAGAAUUGAUGUCUGAGUGCCAAGAAAACAGAUUAACUUUCACAAGUGGAGCAUUACAGCUAACUCUUUAAAGCUCUGCUUGAUAUUCAUAAAAAGAAUUAGAAACUGCUUUGGGAUUAUUUCAAUUGUUACGGACACGGAGACAGAAAUGAAAAGGAAAAAAAAGAAGCACGAAAGAGAGAGAGGGUGGGCAAAAAGGAAAAGGGGAGAGAAGGAGAAUAGAAUGGAGGAAAGAAAGAAGGAUGUAGAGAAUACAAAAUAAGACCCUGCUUGCUUUUACACCUGCAGAAACGUUCGUAUUACCAGCUUUUUUACCGAAAAGUGCACGGUACUUAUAAAUGCAAGAUGUACUUAGAUGUAUGUAGAACAUUUACUCAAACUUUACUCUAAAGAAACAUGUUGAUUUGCUUGUUUCAUUAACACCAACACCUUUCCAAGCGCAGUCAGACAUUAGAUAGGCUGCUUUUUACCAUCAAUAUUCAGCCACAUUUGCAUGUGUUUUCAUAGAAAGGAAAUCUGGGUUGUUUGUAUAAUUUUGCUUAGAGGGUUUGAAAGGUUUUAGUCCGUAAUGAUUCUGAAAACAUCUCAAACUCAUGUUUUUUGUCCUGAUCUGAUGAGUUAAUGAAACUUACAACUUCACAUAUGAUAAUCACAAUGACUUCAUGUUGGGAAUGAUGCUCUGUGAAGACUAAAAUAAUUUGUUAAAGAACAUUUUGGUAAAAUGAUCUUUAUGGUGUUUUUAUGGAUUGAAUUUUGUAUAAAUAUAUUGUUUAAAUUCAAAAGGAAAAACAGAAAUGUUACUUAUUUUGUUACUUAUUUUUUCUCCUAGAUGCUGGAAUAUGUGUUAAAAUGAAGCAGAGUUUCGUUCAUGUUGACUCCAGAACUAGUGUUUCAUGUCAGUGGUUCAAUAAAAGAAGAACUGGAAUAAACUCCA